AUGGGCGAGGUAGCGAAAAAAUUAAAUAUUGCCAACAUUUUAAAAUCUGUUGUAGAAGAGAUAAAGCCCGAUAACAUAAUUAGUGGCUUCAAAGCCUGUGGCUUGUACCCUUUUGAUGAAAAUGCUAUAAAUUACACCAAAUAUCUAGCAACAAAUAAUAAGGGAGAAGAAUCCAAAGAAGAAAAUAAAAUGAUAUCUCAUAUAGACUUUGAUAGUAUUAUAGGAGAGGAAAUAAUGAGCAAAAUGAAAGUUCUACAAUAUCAGGGAGUAAAUGUCAAUUCUCCUACCUUGUACAAGCUUUGUUCUUUUUUUCAAGGUGAUUUUCCACUGAAAGAAUCAACAAAUGUAGAAAUACAAUGUCCAAUAAAUACAACAACCAAUGUGAAUCUGAGCAACUAA